CAGUUUCAUAGAUAUAGGCGUUGUAGAAGUAAGCUCGUCUUCGGUCGGUCGAAGUAUUAUAUCGUUGAUUGAUGACGGCUACUAAUGCAUUGAUUUAUCGAGAUUUGGAGCCGAUUCACCCCGUUUACGCCUCCUAAACUAGUGAUAGUGCGCGGUGUCGGGUCUUGUUUCUCAAGUGUAAAGAAAAGGCUUAAAACUGGUGUUCGACAAGUCACUUGGCAAUAUGCCUGCCGUAAGGGGAGAUGGAAUGCGAGGACUCGCAGUCUUCAUAUCGGAUAUAAGAAACUGUAAAAGUAAAGAAGCAGAAAUAAAAAGAAUCAAUAAGGAGCUGGCAAACAUAAGAAGUAAGUUUAAAGGCGACAAAACUCUCGAUGGAUAUCAAAAAAAGAAGUAUGUCUGCAAACUGUUAUUCAUCUUCUUGCUGGGUCAUGACAUCGACUUCGGACACAUGGAGGCGGUCAAUCUAUUGUCUUCCAACAAGUAUUCCGAAAAGCAGAUCGGGUAUCUGUUUAUCUCCGUGUUGGUCAACACCAACAGUGAUCUGAUCAAGCUGAUCAUUCAGAGCAUCAAGAACGACCUGCAGUCGCGCAACCCCAUCCAUGUCAACCUCGCCCUCCAGUGCAUCGCCAACAUCGGCAGCAAAGACAUGGCGGAAGCAUUCUGCACAGAGAUACCUAAACUUCUUGUGUCAGGAGACACAAUGGAUGUUGUGAAACAGUCAGCUGCUCUCUGCUUGCUCAGACUCUUCCGUAAGUCUCCUGAAAUCAUUCCUGGGGGUGAAUGGACGUCUAGAAUAAUUCACUUGCUAAAUGAUCCCCACAUGGGUGUAGUAACCGCAGCCACAUCACUCAUAGAUGCUUUGGUAAAGAAAAAUCCAGAAGAAUAUAAAGGGUGUGUUACCCUGGCAGUAGCUAGGCUCAGCCGCAUUGUGACUGCCAGUUACACUGACCUACAAGACUACACAUAUUACUUUGUACCUGCACCAUGGCUCUCUGUUAAACUUUUAAGAUUGUUACAAAACUACACUCCGCCUUCAGAGGAGCCUGGGGUCAGAGGUCGCCUUUCAGAAUGUUUAGAAACUAUCUUCAACAAGGCCCAGGAACCACCAAAGUCUAAAAAAGUCCAGCACUCAAAUGCCAAGAAUGCUGUUCUGUUUGAAGCUAUCAGUCUCAUCAUUCACAAUGACAGUGAGCCUAACUUGCUGGUGAGAGCAUGCAAUCAGCUGGGACAGUUUCUCAGCAACCGUGAAACUAAUUUACGUUACCUGGCAUUAGAAUCCAUGUGCCAUCUUGCAACUUCUGAAUUCUCACAUGAGGCAGUAAAGAAACACCAAGAAGUGGUCAUUCUUUCAAUGAAGAUGGAAAAAGAUGUCUCAGUUAGACAGCAGGCUGUUGAUUUAUUGUAUGCUAUGUGUGACAAAACAAAUGCCGAAGAGAUUGUACAAGAAAUGUUGGCAUACUUGGAGACUGCAGACUACUCCAUUAGGGAAGAGAUGGUGCUGAAAGUUGCCAUAUUAGCAGAAAAGUAUGCAACUGAUUUUACUUGGUAUGUUGAUGUAAUUCUCAAUCUUAUAAGAAUUGCUGGAGACUAUGUAUCUGAGGAGGUAUGGUACAGAGUAAUUCAGAUUGUCAUCAACAGAGAGGAAGUUCAAGGCUAUGCUGCCAAGACCGUGUUUGAAGCCCUACAGGCACCCACAUGCCAUGAAAACAUGGUUAAAGUAGGAGGUUACAUUCUUGGUGAAUUUGGUAAUCUGAUUGCGGGUGACACACGGUCUUCACCUUUGGUCCAAUUUGAAUUGCUCCACUCUAAAUAUCAUCUGUGUUCCGCUGCAACUAGAGCUCUAUUACUUUCUACAUACAUCAAACUUGUCAACCUGUUCCCAGAGAUCAAAAAUCGUGUCCAGGAAGUAUUCAGAGCAGACUCCAAUCUAAGGUCUGCAGAUGUUGAGCUACAGCAACGAGCAUCUGAAUAUUUGCAGCUGAGUAUAGUGGCUAGUUCAGAUGUAUUGGCUACAGUAUUGGAAGAAAUGCCUGCAUUCCCUGAAAGAGAAUCCUCUAUCUUAGCAGUGCUCAAAAAGAAAAAGCCAGGCCGUAUUCCUGAUACUUCUGACAUGAGAGAAUCUAAGAGCCCUCAACCCACAUCAGCAGCUGCACCAGCUGUCAACUCCACAAACAACACUAAUGCAUCAAGUGCAGAUCUCUUGGGAUUGUCCACACCACCUGGUUCAGCUGCCCCCACUGCAGGCAAUGGAUUGCUUGAUGUCCUAGGAGAUCUCUACACCACUCCUAAAAUUAGUCCAAGCAAUGCUGCACAAAAUAAUAUCAAAAAGUUCUUAUUUAAAAACAAUGGUGUUCUCUUUGAGAAUGAAUUGAUUCAAAUUGGAGUCAAGAGUGAAUUUAGACAGAAUCUAGGCAGAAUUGGCCUGUUCUAUGGCAACAAGACACAAUUUCCAAUUCAAAAUGUCAAUCCUGAACUGCACUGGACUGAUAUGCAUAAAUUAAAUGUUCAGAUGAAGCCUAUGGAACCAGUUCUGGAGGCAGGAGCACAGAUCCAACAAAUGUUAACUGCGGAGUGCAUCGAAGACUAUCUGGACACUCCAAGCAUGUCUGUUUCCUUUAUCUACAACAAUGUGCCACAAAAAAUUACAAUGAAGCUUCCUUUGACAUUGAACAAAUUCUUUGAACCUACUGAGAUGAAUGGUGAAUCUUUCUUUGCAAGGUGGAAGAAUUUGGGAGGAGAGCAGCAAAGGGCACAAAAAAUAUUUAAAGCUCAAGGGGCAAUAGAUAUUGCCGCUACUCGCACCAAACUGGCUGGUUUUGGGAUGCAACUGUUGGAUGGCAUUGACCCCAACCCAGAUAAUUUUGUAUGUGCUGGCAUCGUGCAUACCAGAGUGCAACAAGUAGGAUGUCUUAUGAGAUUGGAACCUAAUAAACAAGCUCAAAUGUUCAGACUUACAGUAAGAUCUAGUAAGGAGACAGUCUCACAAGAAAUUUGCGAUUUACUUGCUGACCAGUUUUAAUGAUAAAUAUGAACAACAUUGUUAAUAGCAAUGUUAAUUGCUGUUAGGUUCACAGUUGCAGAAAAUUCACAAUUGCUAUAUGUUAUAUGAAGCAUGUUAAAAAGUCACUUGUGAACAUUGCACUGACUCAGUAGGAAUUUGUAAUAUCUCACAUUAUACAAUUUUGAGAUGACUUUUACUUACUAACUGACAAGAUAGGCUUUGUGGUUUGAAAAAGUUAAAAAAUCAUUUGAGGUCAUACACUAUAGGGAUCAUAUGUUUGAGUAGUCCAUUACUAUAGUUCUAUAUAUUAUCAUGUAACUAUUCAAAGAUCUUUCUUGUAAAUCAGAUUCCAUUGAUAGAUAUAUAAUAUAGUAUAUUAGCAUUUGAAGGGCUAUUGUAUUAUUUGAAUUAUGAAAUUAAGUAAAACUUACUGACAAGUAAGUUUAGACUUAAAUUGAAUAUAUUUUUAUUUAGACCAUAAUAGAUUUUUUAUGUUUUUCUGUAAUUCAUAUGGUACAGCGCAUAAUUAUAAUCAUUUAUUUGUACAUAGAUUUUUUAUAAGGUGUGCCCAAAAUUCGGCUAAGUGUUGGAUGUACAUUUGUUUUUCAUAUUAAUUGAAAAUAAUGUAUUGUAUUACUAUUUAAUCUAAAUUCAGGUGUAAUGAGAUAUGAUAAAAUGUAUAACAUGAUCAUACCAAAGUUUAAUGUUUUGGCUGUUAUGUGGCAUGAUAAUUCAUAUGUAAUCAUCCUGUUGGUUUAUCUAAAGUAUUUGCCACAUGAAUAUAAAUUCUGGGUGUGAUCUGUUAGCCUAUAUAAUGAAAACUUAGGUAUCAUACAAGUUAAAUACGUAUUUAUAAUUUCGGAAUAACAAUCCAUUUGGGUGGUACUUAUUUUGUAGUUUUAUAUAGGAGCACCACUUGGAUGGUAAUGUGUAAUUUUUAAUCAAAAAAUGUGAUUAAUUUUUAUGUUUGACCAUUUGGAGGGUAAACCAAAAUGAACUAUUUUUCGCAAGGGGGCGUGUAUAAUUGUAUUACCUAUUUGAAGUUAUUAAACAUUACGGUUUUAAAAGAAUUUUUAUUAGGGUUUUACGCAGCAACUAACUAAGGAAUUUCUUUUAUUCCUUAGCGGUUUUUAUUCGUUUUACCGAAAAAAAUUAACAUUAUCACAAACGUUUUUUAACGUCAUAUAACUCAUAUAUAUAAUACAAUACAUAGGUACCCUACCUAAGUACCAUGAUGUCCAUGAUACGCCGUGGUACGCCUAUCGCGUAAAAAAGAACAAAUACUUUUUCCUAAUCACAAAAUUUAUAUAAGCAAUCGGCUACGUUUUUAAUAUUAAGGAAGACAAUAAAGGGAUGCCAUGCAAAAAACAUAACAGAAAUAAGGACCACCCAAUUAUACAAGUAGCAGAUGGACUUUGCUGAUGAAUAUUUUAGGUUUUUUUAUUUACUUAUAAUGUUCCUGUUAAUUGUUAAAGUAACAUAUGCUUACCAGAGAUUUAUUUUGGAAUCGUUACGAUUCAGACGUCCUUUAUAUUGAUAGAAAAUAUAUUUGGUUAAGUAUCGAAACAUUUUUGUUAUCAUGUGUUAUUCAUACAUUCCUCAUAUCUAUUUGGUUAAUAUAAUAAACCAAAAACUAUUAGUGACUAAAAAUAUGUAUGCAAUUUAUUCGGACCUAUAGCUAUGUGAACGGAUAUAUACAUAGGUAUAAUACUUGUAUGUAAAGCUGGAACAAAAUACCAUUGUCUGUCAUUGUAUGCGUACUGAUAAGAAAAGGAAGAGAAGUGAGCUCACCCAGUUAUCGUUUUACAUGUGAAUGUACUCAUAUUACGAGAUUAAUAUUGUACAAUAAAAUGUGGUAUGUGUUAUGGUUUGUUCAUAGGAAUCUCACCACAUAGAAUAUCAUAGCUAUACCACAUGAUAGUGUAGGUUCGUAGAUACAAUUGGUAUUAGGGUAAAUGGCUUGGAAGAAAGUUCAUGUUUAACCAGUUGUUCGCGAAAAAGUAUUAAACAUAAAAUGUUUAACAUUGAGUAGGGAGCAUAGUAAAAUUUACUUUGCAUGGUAGGUGAUUAAAGAGUAGUAAGAAUAUUCACAACACAUUGUUUAUGCAUAACUUCAUCUCGUUAAAACACGUUGUAUGAAAAUUAUAUGUAUAUUAUGAAAGUAAGAAUGUGUAUACUUGCUUAUUUGAUAAAUACCUUCAGUGUAUUGUGUGUGAGUUGAAUAUCAAAAUGUACAAUAUCGCAUGGUUAAUAAAUUGAGCGUGAUACAUAGAUUAUAUAGAAGUUCGUUUCCGCGCUUGAAGCCACUUUGUAAUUGUCUAACGUAAAUAUUUAUCCAAUAUAUAAUAUAUUUAAAUUGAA